AUGCAAUCAUCAUCUUGCCCCUUUUCAGCAUGCGUCUUUCACUCGCGACUGGGAUAUGAGUCUGAAUCGGAGGGAGUGAGAUUUAUACGAGUGCGGGAGGAUCUACCAGUAGGGGGUGAAGUUCUCACACUUCGUGCCUAUCCAAGAAAUUCCAUAAUACUUAAGAGUAUGGACAGAUCAGCGGAUCACCAUUACUUUCGAUUGAGAGAAGUCAAUGCUACAAACAUCCAAGUUUUAUUGGAGAAAUCACUGGAGGAUCUUGUUGAUCGUGAUACACCUCAGAAUCUUAUUAAAUUUAAAAUACAGUGCAGCAGUUUAUCGGGAAGGAAUGAUGAGCAGACAUCGUAUAUGACAAUAACGGUGUACAUUGAGGAUAUCAAUGAUCACUAUCCCAUCUUCCAAAAUAUGCCAUAUGCCGUGGCAGUUGACGAGGCGACGCCCGUCGGUUCGACCAUUUUUCACAGCAUUUCCGCCUUCGACAGAGACAAGCCGAAUACACCAAAUUCCGACGUGCAAUUCUCAAUUGGGCCGCAAGAAUUCGACUCGGCCGGUCCAUAUUUCGCCCUCGAGAGUCCUCAUCGUCCCUCUGUGGUCCUCAAGCGAUCUCUCGACUAUGACGAUGGAAUACGCAUGUUUGACGUCGUCAUUCUGGCAUCUGAUCGCGGCACUCCGACGAGAACCUCCAAUGCAACGUUGAAGGUAAUGGUGAGAGAUCACGAUGAUCUUCCGCCGAAAUUCACGGAAGGUGUCUAUCGAACGAGGGUCAAUGAAUUCUCACCACUCACUGGAAAGGCCAUACGCGUUCCUCUCUACUUUAAUCCACCCAUCAAAGCGUUCGAUCAAGAUUCAAUUAAUUCGUCACUCAUCUACGAUAUUAUUGCCGGCAAUGAGAGGAGGCUUUUUCGCGUAAACCCCGCUAAUGGAAUGCUGUAUCUUGAGAAAGAGAUUGAUUUGGAGGAAGAAAGUCUUCCGGGGAACACAUUUGUGCUCCAAUUGGAGGCACGACAGCGAGACAGUCCCCAAAAGAGAGCCGUAGCGCGAGUGGAGGUCGAGUUGGUGGAUGUUAAUGACAAUGCACCUGAGUUUGAAGUUGAUCUGUACAAUAUCUCGAUAGUGGAGAAUCUUCCCAGUGGCUUUAGUGUGCUCCAAGUGAAUGCAAUUGAUCGGGAUCAGGGAGAAAAUGCGGAGUUCUUCUACAAGUUCUCCAAUGAGAAGCCCGAGGGGGCUUUUCUCAUAGAUGCACGCACCGGUUGGAUUACAGUGCGCGACCAGGCACUCUUGGAUCGUGAAGCCCGAUCGUCAAUCACGAUGAAAGUGCAUGCGAUAGAGAAGAAGCUGCCAUUUGAGCCGAGAGACUCCACUGGCGGCAGUGUUCAAGUGGAAAUCACACUCUUGGACUCCAACGACAACACGCCACAGUUUCAAAUGGGAAAUCUCUAUGAGUUUAAAAUAGGUCUCGAUUCGCCGGUGGGAUAUUUGGUUGGGCACGUGACUGCCAAAGAUCCGGAUGAGGGAAGAAAUGGCUUGAUUCUGUAUGAUCUGCAGAGGCCGCGCGGAAGUGGAGUGAUACCUUUUCAGAUUGAUCCUCAGACAGGCGCUCUGACUGUGUCUGGUCAGCUAAGACGAGGAAGAAUCGCGAUCUUCGUCGAGGCCAGUGAUCAGCCGGCAAAUCCCUCGGAACGCCGAUUCUCUCUGGCUGUGGUCACGAUUGAGAUACUGAGGGGUUCAUUUGACGGUUCCAUCGACUUCAUAGGAGCUCCUUAUGAGUUUUGGGUAGGCGCUGAUGUGCCUGUGGGCACUUCAGUUGGCCAGAUAAAGACCACAAUUGACUGGGAUGCUCAAGGAGAGCAAGUUAUGUACGAUUUGCUGCACUCCUACUCGGAAGGCGUUCCUUUUGCGGUGGAAGAACGUUCAGGAACUGUAACAGUUAUUCGAGAUUUGGAGGAUUUCUCAAGAAAUAUCUAUGAAUUUGAAGCAGUUGCAACACAUGUAAUGACCUCAAGUGGAGAAGUGAUUGAAAUCGACGAAGGUGUGAUAUCAGAGAGCAAGAACGUUCUUGUGACGAAUGUGACAAUCCACGUGGUGAGUCCAGAUGAUGAGAAAGGUAUUUUAAUGCGCGGAACAAGCGCUGAUCCCAUUGAAUUUCGUGUGGCGGAAAAUCUCGCUGGUGCUCUUAUUGGUCAAUUGGUGUACAAUAACAAUGCCACUAUGAAACUGAAGCAUUCCGAUUCAAGGGUGAAAGUAACUCCUGUGGCAUUAACUUCGGGUCCUCCGCCAACACGGCGCAAAGAUAGGCGUCUGAAUUCGACGAAAUUCGUGAAGAAUGCCACGAGUUUCAAUACAAUUCCCAAAUCCCGAAGACGCCACCGAGACACAGAAUCACAGACAAAUUUCUUCGUUGCCGUGGCACCGUCUGUUUUCUUCGACGAAGACUACCUCACGCAGGAGAGUGCAAGUGUGCUGGAUUACGUGAGAGCUCCAAAAAGUAGAGAUUUCGACAAUUAUGAUGCAACGGCAUUUGAUUCGCGAAGAAAUAGCAAAUUUCCCAACUACUUCGAUAACUUUGAGUCCACCAAGGUGAGAAAUGAGAGUUCUCUGCGUCCAAAGGACAUUCGAAAGAGGACUCCAGCUCCUCGGGAAUCACGGAAAUUUGAUCAUCUUCCGACAACCACAGAAAUUCCACCGUCAACAUAUCGGCCGAGAUUCAGAAACUCCGGCACUUACGAUGGAAAGACUGUAAGUUCCACUAUUGAGACAUAUCAGCAGAUAAGGCAGAACAAUGACACAAACCGUGGCUUGCAUUUCCUUAUCGCCAACCAGCGUGAUGUCACUGAUAUGAUAACAAUCACGAACGACGGAACGCUGAUGACUCUCAAAGGGUUGGACCGCGAAGAGCGAGACACUUAUAGACUCACGGUAAUUGCCGAAUACUCCAAAGGAUUCGUGAAUGGUGCAGGAAUUUACCAGGUCACAAUUUAUGUUGACGACGAAAAUGACAAUCCUCCGAAGUUCAAUCACGAACACUACAUGGGACUCAUUACUGAAAAUAGUCCUCUCGGAACAGAGGUUCUCGUCAAUCACCUGAUUGUCGUGAAGGAUAUUGACUUGGGUCGCAAUGCUCUCUUUGACGUCCAUCUCUAUGGCGAAGGGAGUCAUCUGUUCAAGGUGGAACAGGUCAAUGGCACUUCUCUGCGUCACAAUAAGACGUUGAUGGCAUCUUUCGAUAAUUUCGCUAGCGCCAUGAAUAUUGAGCAAAGCUUCGCCAAUCUGCAGAUGAUGUUUGUCGACGCGUUUGCCCGCGCACAGAAGAACGAGCCUCACUUCGUGAUCAGUUUCACGGGGCCGAGUGUCCUGGACAGGGAGCGUGACAACUUCUACAACCUGAAGAUGGUAGCUAGGGACAAGGGUGGCUUGAGUUCCGAGGUGAAACUGGGCAUUUUCGUUGCCGAUGUCAAUGACAAUGCGCCGAUGUUUGAGAAAAUAGCCGUCUUCAAGAAUGCCGGCAUAGAGAUUCUUGAGUACACCGAAGAUAUGGAGAUAUACUUUGUCGAACCGAUGCAAGGAGUGAAUUAUGCGAAGGAGGACAAUAGAACAGAUCAACUCACUUUCAAGAUAACUAAUGCACCCUAUCCAUCAGCACUGCGGGACAGCAUGAAAGAGAUGGUGGAUCGGUAUCAUAUCGGAACACCGAGGCACUUAAAGACCAACCAUAAUUAUACGCGCCACGAGAAGUACGGAAGAAAUUACAAGUCUUCACGUAACACCACAAAAAGGCAAGCUCGCAGAGAGUCUACGAGCUCAUCACCUCUCUUCUCACUGCUGGAAAACACACCAGUUGGUCAGCGUCUCAUCAAAGUCACAGCUAAUGAUGAGGACUUUGAGGGAAAUGCGCGGAUAUUCUAUGAGAUUGUUUCCGAGAACUUCGCCCUCAAGCGAAACAAUCCGCGUGUUGGUCACACCUCGGAUGUGCGCUAUUUCAGCAUUGAUAGACUGUCUGGUGAGGUGAAGAUCAAUCGUCCACUGCCAGCAGAAUCUGAAUUUCGACUCAAUAUCACGGCCAAAGAUGUGGGAAAUCUGGCGGAUUACACAGUGUUGCGCUUCAGAGUCUUGGACGUUAAUGAUCACGCGCCGGUGUUUAUGAAAUCAUGGUACACGUAUGACAUCGAGGAGGGCGUGUACUCCAACACAAGAGUGGGCAAAGUCGAGGCAAUAGAUGAGGAUUUCGGUCAGAAUGCCAACAUCACGUAUGCCAUUCAGUCAUCUGAGAAGAUUCCAUUCGCCGUGCUCCCUCACAGCGGAGUCAUUAUCGUCACAGGAGACAUUGAUAGGGAGGUGAGAGAUGUCUAUGAAUUCAAGAUUGUGGCAAUGGACAAUGGUGGUAAAAAUAUGCGACUCUCGUCGUUUGCCGAGGUGGAAAUUAAUGUCUUGGAUCUCAAUGAUAACUCACCCGAAUUUACGGGCUACGACGAAAUCUUCUAUUCUGACACUGAUACCGAAAAUACCGACAGAAGGCUCGAUGAAGUGUCCACAGUUGAGUCCAAUCGUCAGGCAACGAGCAAAUUGCCCGUGUAUAAAGCCUAUUUGAAUAGAAACACCGAACCGGGAACAUUCGUUAAGCAGGUCAAUGCUGUGGACAGAGACUUCACGGGGAAUGGAAAUGGACUCGUAAUGUACUCACUUCAUCACAAUAAGCUGCCAUAUAUGUUUGAAAUUGAUUCACGCGACGGAAUCAUCACCACCGUGUCACGAUUCACGACUUUCCAUGGCUAUGAGCAUCUGAACUUGACUGUGGUCGCAUCGGAUUUGGGCAGUCCAUCGAGAUCCUCAACUGCGCUGCUCCUCAUCAAUCUCCAGGGUGAGGAGGUGCUGAAUGAGGAGGACGAUGACAACUACCUCUUCCCCCACAAGUACUAUGAAGUUGAGGUGGUGGAGAACAACGUGGCGCCAAUGGUGAUUCUCCAUGUGAACACUUCCUCGCAGUACAAUCGGGAGAUCUUCAAGUGGUCCAUUGUACCUGAGAUGCAAGUGCUCAGGAAUGACGAAUUCACCAUUGAUCCCAACAAUGGCACUCUGUGGCUCACCAAAUCUCUCGACAGAGAGAUGAGAGAUGUGUACAAGAUUAAGGUACGAGCUGAUCGUGUGUCCAGAGAAGGGAGGAAUGUUGCAGCGGCGAUGACAUAUCCGGUGGAAGGAGAUAAACUCAAGGGCUUGAUGUACAAUGAGAUCAGGAUUGUCAUCCGGGUUAUCGAUGAGAACGAUAAUGCGCCGAUGUUUGUGGGAAAUGGACGUCCAAUUGUGGCUGUAAUUCCAAAUACAGCCAAUUUCGGCUUUCCCGUGACCCGCGUUCAAGCCACUGACGACGAUAUCGGUAUCAAUGCCGAGAUUCGCUACUCCCUCCUCAAUGAACCGUCCAAGUUGUUCGGAAUCGAUGCGGUGACCGGCAGGAUUAGAGUCCUUGGGCCGGUGAGCAAGGGAAAUCAGCGCGUUUACGGAUUCGAUGUGAAGGCGACUGAUUUUGCCGGUGGCGAUAGUGGCAAGACAACAAUAGCCAACGUCUUCGUUUACAUCUUGGAUGAGCAUCGCCAAGUGCGUCUCGUCCUGGCGGGAAAUCCUGUUGAGGUGGAGAAAGAAGUUGACUCCCUGACGAAGAGUCUCAGCGAUGCCACGGGUCUCGAUGUCCGAGUGCGACUCUUGGAGCCGCACAUGGGCGAAGCUGAGCAAUCAACUGAUGUCUAUUUGUACGCUGUGGAUCCAAAAUCAAAUUCAGUUAUUGAUAUGGCGGAUUUACAAGAAGCUGUAUCUACGAUUGAUAUGUCUACUUUGAUGCCAUCCAUUCCUGUGCUGGAGCUGGUCCAGCUUGGGAGCGCUCGAGGCUUAUCGCGGACCAACACGCACAUUGGGGCACUCAAUGGUCCAGAAUUGGCAUCAAUUAUUCUGGCUGUCGUGAUCUUUGCCGGAGGCUUGGCCACGGCAUUCUGUAUUGUGUGUGUCCGCUACAAACGCCGACGGACGUUGCCCCCGGAAGCCAGCUAUUCCGUAGGACGAGGCGGCAGCAGCACUCUGAUGACUGGCGCCACGAAGUCCACCACGACAUACACCACGAACGGCAAGAAGAAGCCACCGCCACUGCCGCCCACUGGGCCAAAGUACUACAACGCCCCAAGUGCCAGAGACAGACAGCGGGAAUACAUCGAUGUUCCUCUUCCUCAAUCGGUUCUCAAUGCAAAUUUCAACAUUCUCGACCACGACACAAGUUGCUUGCGCUUCAAUCAACUCCACAGCGGACACCCGAUCAAUUUGGAUAAUACUGGGCAUUCCCUUCACUCUAGUGGACGUGACUCGGGUCUGGACUUGUCCAGGGAGCGCAGCGAGAGUCCCUCGCGGAUGCAGCAGGCUCAGGCGGCAUUGCUGGUGACGGAUCAACAGGUUGUGAGACUCCGCGAUAAGCGACACGAGCAUAAGAACAAGUGCCAAUGCGGCCACAGUGAGUUGAAUGUGUGCAGCGGAGAGGACAGUAGCGAUAGUUACGAGGAUUCCCUCAAAAAUUGCCAAUUGCCCAGACGAACGUCUCUGCCCAAGGCGCACGCCUUUCGCCGAAGUCUCAACAGUCUCAGCAAUCCAAUAGCAGGAGGUGCGAUGGCCAGAGGAGUGCGCCACUCCUUCUCAGGUGUUCGAGAUGACCUGAUUCAGGGUUCUCCAGCACCGCUCCAGAGGAAUCGACAUGGAAGCAAUAUUCGCAAUUCCAUGACAGAUCUCGAGGAGAGACUGAGAAAUCUCGAGAGGACAUUCCGGGAGCCUUUCCUCCUCAACAACAAUUCGCACUGUUGAGUCGCCCUGAGAAACCAAACAUGAGACCUCAAACCAGAUUGAAAGAAAUCAAACCUUCUUGAA